AGCUGGUGAGAAGACUCAGAUGGUUACAGAUGCGCUUUAAAGUCGAUAUUUCAUUUCAGAUUCAAUCUUAGUAUCACAUGUUUUCCCAACACGUUGCGUCUUGAUUAGGUUAUUUGCACAUCCUGCAUGCUGGUUGGUUGAGAGACAAUCAUCCCAUCGCCGUGAAACAAACUCGGUUCGCUCUACAACGAGGAAGAAGAGAGGAAGGGAGCACAUCGUGUCUCCACGCAACGCUUUCAUUUCUGUCAAAUAAGAAGGCUAUUUGACAAUAGCCGGCACGGCCUGUUGGGGCUGUGGAGGAGGUGAACUAGUGCAAUGAUGACGGGCAAAUCUGUGAAAGACGUUGACAGAUACCAGACUGUCCUCAACUCUUUAUUGGCACUGGAGGAGAAUAAAUUCUGCGCUGACUGCGAAUCGAAAGGUCCAAGAUGGGCAUCCUGGAAUUUGGGCAUCUUUAUCUGUAUCAGAUGUGCUGGUAUUCAUCGUAACCUUGGGGUCCACAUCUCCAAGGUUAAGUCUGUCAACUUGGACCAGUGGACACAGGAACAAGUCCAGUGUGUCCAGGAGAUGGGAAAUGCCAAGGCCAAACGUCUCUAUGAAGCAUUCCUACCUGAGUGCUUCCAACGGCCCGAGACGGACCAGUCGGCAGAGAUGUUCAUCAGGGACAAGUAUGAUAAGAAGAAGUACAUGGAUAAGGUCAUUGACAUCCAAAUGCUGAGGAAAGAAAAGAGCUGUGACAACAUACCCAAGGAACCAGUUGUGUUUGAGAAAAUGAAACUGAAAAAAGAUGUCAGCCCAAAGACAGAUUCUCAGUCUGUUACGGACCUGCUUGGAUUAGAUGUCCCUGCUCCAAGUCCUGCAGCGUCUAAUGGUGGAGGAUGUGUUCCAGACAGUAAUAAGAGCCCAGUGGUGUCUAAUCCAGCUCUGGCACACUCUGCCUUGGAUCUCUUCAGCUCUUUGCCAGCCCCCUCCUCUGCUUCCUCCACAAAAACCACACCUGCUUCCAGCUCCUUGUCUCAGAGCAGAGUGACUGCCUCAGUACCUGAAAACCUCAGUCUGUUCCUGGAUCCUGCAGCCAAAGCAGGGGAAAGAACUGUCAAGAAACUCUCCAAGGACUCUAUUCUGUCCCUGUACGCCUCCACCCCCUCAGUGCAUGCCAGCAGUAUGGCCACUCAUGCAGGCUUGUACAUGAACCAAAUGGGAUACCCAACGCACCCUUAUGGUUCAUACCACUCCUUAGCUCAAGCAGGGGGAAUGGGAGGCACCAUGAUGGCAUCACAGAUGGUCAUGAUGGGACAGCAACAGAGCAGUAUGAUUGGAGUUCAACAAAACAGCAUGAUGGGACAGCAAAAUGGCUUAAUGGGUACCCAGGGUGUCAUGGCUCAGCCUAGCGGAGUUGUGGCACCACCUUACAUGACCCAAGGCAUGAUGGGACAGCAGCAGAGCGGAAUGAUGGUGCCACAACAGAACGGCAUCAUGGGACAGCAGCAGAGUGGGCUGAUGGUGCAGCAGCAGCAGAGCGGGAUGAUGGGACAUCAGCAGGUUGGAGGUUUGGCCGUGUUACCUCAGCAGCCAGUGUAUGGAGUUCAAGCCCAGCAGCUACAGUGGAACAUUACCCAGGUGACUCAGCACAUGGCUGGCAUGAAUCUCUACAACACCAAGGGCAUGACGGGAUACAGUAGUCAACAGAUGGGAGGGUCAUCAACUCCAGGCUCAGGUCACAUGACAGCACAUGUCUGGAAAUGAUCUAAUCUAACCUGAAGGUGGUAACUCCAGUAACCCACAAAACCGAGGGGAAACAGAUCUGUGGACUAUACUCUCCAUAAGACGUUUUCUAAUGCAAGGGAGGAGGAGGAGGAGGAGACAAGAAAAAGGUUUAAGAAACCACUACUACCUCUCUUUCUCUCUCCUCACCCAUGCUUCCUCUUCCCGUCUCAUCCAUGGCCAUAUUUUGCAGAUUUCCAUGCUUGCCUUCAGAACAUUUUCGUAUGACGACAUAGACAACAGGGUUUAGAGGCCACUGGUUAGGACUACAUAUUUGUCGUUGUACCUAGCCUUUAUGUGAGUGUGUGUGUCCGCACACAUCUGCUGUAUGUUAGUGUUCACUAACUAGUUUUUUGACAAUUUUUACUCUUUUGCUUACUCACUUAUCAAAGUCAGAAGACACAUGGAUGCAUUUUCUGUCUCAUUGUGUCAUUUGAAGGCAGUUUGAAGGUAUUGAGGUAAGCCUAGCUUAGCUCACUUGGUUGAUCUGCUGGAGCUCUGAUAAUUAGAACAAGACAAAUUUCUCUUUAAAGAAGUAACUUUGUUGCAAGGCUAAAUAAUUCUCCAAUUCGCAAUUAUUAUUAUCUAAAAUUACUUUUCCAAGAUGCUACAACAUAGCCACAUUUCUAACAUUAGUACUUUGAAUGUAACUCCAUUAUUCAGUCACCUAGUGCAUGUUAUUAACAUGUAAAAAUGCUGCUGGUUAACUCUAUUAAAUAGCAUUUUUAUUUUGCUGCAAAGGUUUGCGUAGGGAAAACUUUGUGACCGAAUCAUGGAGUAAUGUACAGAGUGGUGAGUCAUACACAGGGGCUAGCUGCAAUUAUAUUUGUAAAAGAGUAACUACUCUUUUUUUCAGUCAGCUUUCAUGCAUAUAGGGGUUAAAAGUUUGAUAACCUAAAAAAUAGAUAUGGUUUA